AUGAUACCGCCCUGCAUACCCACACAGCUAACUUACACGCCAAAUUUCUGCGAAGAAAACGUUUAUUGCCUUGCCCGGUAUUUUACGCGACCUGGCUUGGAACGAUUACAAAACACUUGGUCCAUUUACGUGGUUUUCAUCUCUAAUGAGGAUCUUUGUAUUACCCUCUUGCAGCAGAAGGGCAGCAAGCCGCAGGAAGGAGGGCUCAUCGUUUGGGAUUAUCACUGCAUCCUUGUCCUUGUGGCUAAGCCUUCGGAGUCUUCGGAAAACCAAGCAGGGAGUUGGGUUUAUGAUGUCAAUUCGUUGCUGGACAUCCCUGUGCAGUGGUACACGUAUGUGACCGAGACGUUCCCAUUCCGUGAGACGGUCCCUAGUCGUUACCGUUGCAAAUUUCGGGUUGUGGAUGCACAAGACUUCCUAGCGUGGUUUGCGUCUGACAGGUCACAUAUGUUAAUAUGGGACGACAAACUGCACGCAAACCGUUACGUUUCAAAGCCGCCGGAGCACCUGCCGAUUAUUGGAUCAGCCGCCCGCGUGGCGGGCAUUACAAACAAUUUGAUGGACCGUUUCGUGUUGAUGCAACCUGUCGAAGUCCAAGAGGAGCAGUAUGGCAGAGUGAUGGACCAAGAUACAUUUUGCAGCCUGCGUUGUAUUAGCCCCAUAUUCUUCAUCAAUCAACGUUAGAUUCAUAAGGUCGAUAUGUGGUGUGCAUCGCUUACUGUAAGUUUGUCUCCGUAGAAAUCAUAUCCC